AUGAGACCUGAUUUAUUUAAGGCUACUGUAGCUGGAGUACCAUUUGUAGAUAUUGUGACUAUAAUGCUUGGUCCAACUAUUCCUCUUACAACUGCAGAAUGGGAGGAAUGGGGUGAUCCUCAGAAAGAAGAGUUCUACUUUUACAUGAAAUCAUAUUCACCAGUUGACAAUGAUGUGAUUGAUAAAGAUGGUGAGGGGUUCACUAUGGUCACAAAAAAAGCUGGAAAUGUAGGGACUACUACUGUGAAGGGGUACGGUACAGGUGAUAUUCAUCCCAAUGUUUCUGGAAGCAAAGGUAGUAAUUGGAAUGGAGGGAAUAACAAAAGAGGAAGCUAUAAUAGUGUUAAUAAGGAUAAGCAGGGGCAGUCUUCUCCUGAUUCUAUGGAAAAGAUAUCAGCAGAAUCCUGUCCUGCUUCUGAUCUGUUGGUCAAUAAUUCUGACAGUGGUCAAACUGAGGCUAUAGAAUCUAAGUGUGAUACCAGGGUGAAUUCUAAUCUUGGGAACCAUGAUUGUUUAAAUCCUAUGAAUGACAUCCUUGAUACCAUAGAAGUCAAGAAACAGGGGAGAAAAGAGAGAAGGCACAAGGAAGCCCAGGAUGUGCUUGCAGCUGCAACUACCGCUGCUGCAGCUUCUUCCAGGCUUUCAUCUUUCAGGAAAUAUACACUUGAAGAAUCCGCUCACCAUGAGUUAACUAGAAUUGGUCGAGAUGCAGUUUUAUAUGUUGAGUUGCUCAUUGAGUCAAUCAUGGGAGGAUUGGAAGGGAUAAUCAACAUUCUUGAUUUUGAAGGAGCUUCUACCAGAAGUCAGCUGAAACUACAAAUGGCUUUUGAUGGGCAGGAAAGAUAUAUGAAGAGAUCUUGGGAGCCAAGUGAUAAAGCUGAUCUCCACUUUGUCUACGAAGAUGUUGAAGGAGUAUCAACUCAAUGGGAUGAUAUUCAAAGAAAACUUAGGAACUUACCUCCCAAACCCUCUGCCUUCAAACCCGAUCCCUUCACUCUUGCAGAAGACGAAGAUUCCAAACCUAAAACCAAAUCUCGGAUCGAUAACAAGACAGAAGAACUCAAAGAUUUAGAAGAUGAUCUUGAUGAUAGUUGUUUCCUCGAAGAAUACAAAAAGAGGUUAGCAGAGAUGAAGCAAACAGUGGAAGUUUGA